UUCACAAAAUCAGAAUAUUUUGUUUUUUCGUUUCCAAUUUUCUGGACCAUUAGAAAGCUCAUCUUUUCCUUGCGCUCACAAUUCUUGAAAGAGUGAAAGAACGAGCGGAUUGGGUUGGGGCUGGAGUGGCCGAGGACGGCCGGGGUCCGGGCAGCCAGGCCUGACGCGGGCCCUGCGCCCUUCCCCGGCAGAGAAGCCUGGGACCGCCAUGUGCGUGGGCUGCGGGAGUCAGAUCCACGACCAGUUUAUUCUUCGGGUGUCGCCCGACCUCGAGUGGCAUGCCGCCUGCCUCAAGUGCGCUGAGUGCAGCCAGUACCUAGAUGAGACGUGCACGUGCUUCGUGAGAGACGGGAAGACCUACUGCAAGCGGGACUACGUAAGGCUGUUCGGCAUCAAGUGCGCCAAGUGCCAGGUGGGCUUCAGCAGCAGCGACCUGGUGAUGCGGGCGCGGGACAGCGUGUACCACAUAGAGUGCUUCCGCUGCUCCGUGUGCAGCCGGCAGCUGCUGCCUGGAGAUGAGUUCUCGCUGAGGGAGCACGAACUGCUCUGCCGCGCAGAUCACGGCCUCCUGCUGGAGCGCGCCGCUGCCGGCAGCCCGCGCAGCCCCGGUCCUCUCCCCGGAGCCCGCGGCCUGCAUCUGCCAGGUAAGCCGUGCGCUCGGGCUGCGCCUCCCGCCUGCGUCGGUGUCAGUGGCCGACAGCCCUCGCUGCGUCCACACGUGCACAAGCAGACGGAGAAGACGACCCGAGUGCGGACUGUGCUCAACGAGAAGCAGCUGCACACUCUGAGGACGUGCUACGCCGCCAACCCGCGGCCAGAUGCGCUCAUGAAGGAACAACUUGUGGAGAUGACCGGCCUGAGCCCGCGGGUCAUCCGCGUAUGGUUCCAGAACAAGCGGUGCAAGGACAAGAAGAAAUCCAUUCUUAUGAAGCAGCUGCAACAACAGCAGCACAAUGACAAGACGAGCCUGCAGGGACUUACCGGGACGCCCCUGGUGGCGGGCAGCCCCAUUCGCCACGAGAGCGCGGUGCAGGGCAGCGCAGUUGAGGUGCAGACCUACCAGCCUCCAUGGAAAGCACUCAGCGAGUUCGCACUUCAGAGUGACCUGGACCAACCAGCCUUCCAGCAGCUGGUCUCCUUCUCCGAGUCCGGUUCCCUAGGCAACUCCUCUGGCAGCGACGUGACCUCCCUGUCCUCGCAGCUCCCGGACACCCCCAACAGUAUGGUGCCGAGUCCCGUGGAGACGUGAGGGGGGACCCCUCCCUGCCAGCCCGUGGACCUCGCAUGCUCCCUGCAUGAGAAUCACCCAUGCUCAGGCCAUUCCAGCUCCGAAAAUUCUCUCGCCUUUGUAAUUAUUAUUAUUUAAAGAGAGAAGACCGAGAAAAAACGGUCAGGACAGCCAAAAGCGCCAGGACGCAACCUGCUUUCACCAAGACUGGAGACCCCUGCUCCGAGGACUUUUAUUUUUUUCCAAACCGGAAUAUGGGAUUUACUAGGGUUAGCUCUGCCCUCUCCUCUCCCGCGCUCCACUCCACCACCCACAUAACCACCUCGGCGUGGAGAACAUGCAGGGCUCUUCCCGGGCCGGGCAGGCUCCUGCCCCAAAUCUGCCCAAGUGCUGCCCAGCGGCUUCGCCUGGGGUUUUGCGGGGAAGAGGACAGGGAUAACCCAAAGGAACAGACACUCAAUCCCCAAAGCGCAUGAUUGCUGGGAAAAAGUAGAAACAAGACUUUCCUUUAAAAUGUUUAAAUUAUCAG